CACCCCUCGUCUGUAAAUGCGCUGCUGCCUCCCAUUCCAGAGGCAACUUCUGUACAUGGACAGCGGCCCCAAGCAGCAAGAGCUGUACCCGCGCGAGUGGGUGCACAACGACUUCCACUUCGACAACGCUUCAGCCAUGAUGCCGCUCUUCACUGUCUCCACCUUCGAGGGCUGGCCCCAGCUGCUGUACAAGGCCAUUGACACCCACACCGAGGACAUGGGCCCCAUCUACAACUACCGGGUGGAGAUCGCCAUCUUCUUCAUCAUCUACAUCAUCCUCAUCGCCUUCUUCAUGAUGAACCUCUUCGUCGGCUUUGUCCUCGUCACCUUCCAGGAGCAGGGCGAGAGCGAAUACAAGAACUGCGAGCUGGACAAGAACCAGGGCAAGCGUGUGAUCGGGGAGGACGGCGCCGAGGGCUACAGUGACUUGUUCCAGGAGAACGCCAUGCUCCAGAAGGAGAACGCCACCUUGCUCAUGAGGGUGAAGGCCAUGCAGGAGGCCAUUGAUGCCAUCAGCAGCCGGGUCACCCACCAGAGCCAGGAGGCCAAUUUGAUACUGGCCAAGGCAGGUGACGGCAACGAGGCCAUCGGCUCCCUGAUCCAGAACUACAUCUGGGAGAUCGAGCAGCUCAGGACAAAGCUCUUGGAGAGCGAAGCCAUGAACGAGUCGCUCCGCCGGAGUCUGUCGCGGGUCUCCUCCAGGCCCCCGUACUCCCUGGGCUCGUCUCCAGGCCCAGGCCUGGGGGCACUCAGCAGCCCCGUGGUCUCCAUGGAGGCAGAGGCCACCGAAGUCCUCCAGCGGGCCAAGCAGGACCUGGAGCAGCUGAAGGAGGAGACCAAGCAGCGGAGGAAGAGCCCGGAGAAGGAGGCCUUUAAGAAGAGGCCAAAGCUGCAGCAGGAGAACGGGGAGGAGACGGACGAGAAUGAGGAGGAGGAGGAGGAGCGGGAGGAGAGUGGCUGUGAGGAUGAGGACGAGGAUUCGGGCAGCGAGGAGAGCCUGGUGGACUCGGACUCCGAUGCGGAGGAGAAGGUGGUGAAUUUCCAGGCUGAUCUGGCCGACCUGACCUGCGAGAUCGAGAUCGAGCAGAAGCUGAUUGAGGAGCUGGAGAACAGCCAGCGGCGCCUGCAGACCCUCAAGCACCAGUCCGAGGAGAAGCUAAUCCUGCUGCAGAACAAGAUCCGCGACACCCAGCUGGAGAGGGACCGGGUGCUGCAGAACCUCAGCACCAUGGAAUGCUACACGGAGGAGAAGGCCAACAAGAUCAAGGCGGACUACGAGAAGCGGCUGAAGGAGAUGAAUCGGGAACUGCAGAAGCUGCAGGCAGCCCAGAAGGAACACGGUCGCCUGCUCAAGAACCAGUCGCGCUAUGAGCGGGAGCUCAAGAAGCUGCAGGCUGAGGUGGCAGAGAUGAAGAAGGCGAAGGUGGCACUGAUGAAGCAGAUGCGGGAGGAGCAGCAGCGGAGGCGGCUGGUGGAGACCGAGCGGAAUCGGGAGAUCGCCCAGCUGAAGAAGGAGCAGCGCAGGCAGGAGUUUCAGAUCCGGGCGCUGGAGUCUCAGAAGCGGCAGCAGGAAAUCGUGCUGCGAAGGAAAACCCAGGAGGUCUCUGCUCUGCGCCGCCUGGCCAAGCCCAUGUCGAACGGGGUCUCUGGGAGGCUGAGUCAGAAGCCAGCCAUGCUGGACUCAGGUGCGGAGGUGUCCGCCAGCACCACCUCCUCGGAAUUGGAGUCCGGCUCUCGCUCGGUCUCCAGCAUCGUGCGCCAGUGGAACCGGAAAAUCGACCACUUCCUGGGAGACCCUUCGCCCUCCGUGAAUGGGGCUUGGCCCGUCAGGAAGAAGUUCCCAAAGAAGGGGAUGAGCCAGACCUUCAGCAAGGCGGCCCGGCUCAAGUGGCAGUCGCUGGAGUGGCGCAUCUUUGACGUUGUCAUGCAGAGGAUGACCAUCGUCAACCUGGAGGCGGACAUGGAGCGGCUGAUCAAGAAACGCGAGGAGCUGGCGCUGCUGCAGGAGGCGCUGCAGGGGAAGAGGGGAAAGCUGCAGGCGGAGAGCCCGGAGGAGCAGAAGGGCCUGCAGGAGCUGAACGAGAAGAAGGUGCUGACCGCCAACAUUGACUACAUCACCGACAGCAUCGCCGACUGCCAGGCCACCAUCAUGCAGCUGGAGGAGACCAAGGAGGAGCUGGACUCCACCGACACCUCCGUGGUGAUCAGCUCCUGCUCCUUGGCCGAGGCGCGCCUCCUGCUGGACAACUUCCUCAAGGCAUCCAUCGAUAAGGGGCUGCAGGUGGCUCAGAAAGAAGCCCAGAUUCGCCUGCUGGAAGGGCGCCUGAGACAAAGGGAUGUGACCGGCUCCUCCCAGAACCAUGUGAUCCUGGAUGCCCUGCGGGAGAAAGCGGAGUCCCACCCCGAGCUGCAGGCGCUCAUCCACAACGUGCAGCAAGAGAACGGCUACGCCAGCACGGACGAGGAGAUCUGGGAGUUCAGCCUGGCCUCGGAGGGGAGCUUCUCCCAGUCUUUCACCCUGAAGGGCUCGGCCAGCCAGGACGACUUCAAGUUCAAGGGGGAACCCAAGCUGUCAGGCCAGAUGAAGGCUGUGUCGGCCGAGUGCCUGGGACCCACGUUGGACAUCUCCACCAAAAACAUCACCAAUUCCUUGGUGUCCCUCAUGGAGAUCAAGGAAGACGGGAUCGGCUUUUCCAUCCGGGAUUCCUACUACAAGGAUAAGGUCUCCCGCACCAUCAGCCUGCCCACCCGUGGCAGCACCUUCCCUAGGCAGUCCCGUGGCUCGGACACCUCGCCUCUGACCCGGAGGAAAUCCUAUGACCAGGGGCAGCCUGCCAGGACUUCGGACGUUGGCUUCACGCCUCCCUCGUCCCCUCCCACCAGGCCGCGCAAUGACCGCAACGUCUUCUCCCGCCUCACCAGCAACCAGAGCCAGGGCUCCGCGCUGGACAAGUCUGACGACAGCGAUUCCUCUGUCUCGGAGGUGCUGAGGGGCCUCAUUAACCCCGUGGGCGGUGCCAGGAGCGCCCGGACAGCCCCGCUGCAGUGCAUCUCCGUGGCGGAAGGACACUCCAAGCCCGUUCUCCGCGUGGACGCCACCAACGAGCUGCUCUUCUCCAGAUCCAAAGACCGGAGCUGCAAAAUGUGGAACCUGGUGACGGGCCAGGAUAUCGCCUCGCUAAAGGUCCACCCCAAUAAUGUGGUGUCCAUCAAGUACUGCAGCCACUCAGGGUUGGUCUUCACUGUCUCCACCUCCUACAUCAAGGUGUGGGAUAUCCGGGAUUCGGCCAACUGCAUCCGCACCCUCACCUCUUCAGGUCAGGUGAUCUCUGGGGACGCCUGUGCUGGGACCACCACCCGCACCAUCGCCAGCGUGCAGGGGGAGCACCAGAUCAACCAGAUCGCACUCAACCCCACCGGCACCAUGCUCUACGCUGCCGCCGGGAACUCUGUCCACAUCUGGGAGCUCAACAGGUUGCAGCCUAUCGGGAAGCUGACCGGCCACAUCAGGCCUGUGAUGUGUCUCACUGUGAACCAGACUGCGAGCAACCAUGACCUGGUCGUCACCGGCUCCAAGGAUCACUACGUCAAGAUGUUUGAGAUUGCGGACAGCGUGGUGGGGAACGUCGGCCCCACCCAUAACUUCGAGCCCCCGCACUACGACGGCAUCGAGUGUCUGGCCAUCCAGGGCGACGUGCUCUUCAGCGGCUCCGGGGACAACGGGAUCAAGAAGUGGGACCUGCAGCAGCAGGAGCUCCUCCAGCAAAUCCCCAACGCGCACAAGGACUGGGUCUGUGCCCUGGCCUUCGUCCCCGGCCGCCCCAUGCUGCUGAGCGCCUGCCGCGGGGGUGUGGUGAAGGUCUGGAACAUGGAGAACUUCUCGCCCGUUGGGGAGAUCAAGGGCCACGACAGCCCCAUCAAUACCAUCUGCACCAAUUCCAAGCACAUAUUCACUGCUUCCAGCGACCUGACAGUGAAGCUCUGGAGCUGGAGAAGAUUGCUGAACGGCCCGACCUAGGCACUGGAAAGGCCGGAGCCAGGGGGACUGUCAGGCUCCCUGGCGGGCCCAGGCCCCAGCCCCUCUCCCUGGCUGUGAAGAGCUGGGAGCGGCCUGGCCUGUGUGUGCUCCAGUUUCCAGGACUCUGGGGUGAUGGCAUCUCAGCUGGGGCUUUGUGAACUGCCCGCUUCCACGGCUAGGGGGCGUCGUUCCCGUCCAGCCCCACGCUGGGUUUCCAUGAUGCAGAGGGCUUUCUGCUGACCAGGGCGUGGCCAGGCAGUGCUUCGGGACAUGGCCUUGCCAGCCACGGGGAGGCCCCCAAGCUGAGAGACUCAACGGGAUCAUUCCAAUCUGUCCCGCAGCCCGUUCAGCAGCCCCAGAUCCUGGAUGUGCGAGAGGGAUCCUGCCAGCUGCAUCCUGCUGCUGGCCUCUGCUCCUCCUGGGUGCCUGGGGUCUCAUUCCUUCUGCAAGCGGGUGCAGGCCCCUCUCCACGCUUCGUCGUUCAGCAGAGCUGGGAUCUGCCGGACGGUACCGAAAUACGGAGAGGGCUUGUGUGCUGCCGACCCCAGCCUAGCACCAGCAGGGUGCAUGGAGCCCCGUUCGCAGCACUGGCUGCGGUACCAUCCUGGAGCUGGGACUCACUCUGUCCCAUCUGCUACCAUGUGUGCUGCAGGGGCAGGGCUGACUAAGGUCUAGCACCCUACGGCUCACCCCUUUCAGGCCCCCAAUUAGCGGUUAGCACCGUAGAGCCAGAGUGCUAGCCCGGUUCCCACUAAUCACUGGUGACAGGGCACAGUGUCCACUUCAGAAGCUGACUCCUUUAGCCCCC